AUGGAAAACGUUUAUAUAGAUUCCCACUACAGACGGAUCAAAGACAUCAUGUAUGGAUACGCAACAGUGGAAUUAUUAAAUGUCAAAAAUAGAAUCAUCACCGAUGUCACCGUUAACGCCGACGGCACCGGCAUCAACGGUUACAUCGGCGCCGGCGCCGGCAUUGGCAUCGGCGUCAGCCAAGGCACCGGCAUCGGCGUCGGCGGAGGCAUCGGCGUCGACGGAGGACCCGGCACCGGCGUCGGCGGAGGCACCAGAGUCGGCGGAGGCACGGGCACGGGCACGGGCACGGGCACCGGCACCGGCACCGGCACCGGCACCGGCACCGGCACCGGCACCGGCCUGUACAAUCAGCACUCAGAGGACGGGGAGGAUGGCGAGGACGCGGAAUGCGAGGUGGCAGAGGAGGAAGAGGAAGACGAAGAGAAAGAGGAAAAGGAAAACAAGGCGGAAAUAGAGGGGGGAUAA